CUCACUAUAAAGGUAAUGGGGAGCCGUCGUCCAGCAUCACAACCUUCUCAUCUCCACCGCGUUAACAUGUUCAACAAGGGUGUUUUGAUGCUUGCUUUGGUGGGCGUGGCUCUGGCUGCCCCUUCGGAUCCGUACCACCAGCCUUCCUACAAGGAGGAGCCGAAGCCAUACCAGUUCGCCUACGGAGUCAAGGAUGAAUACGCCGGCACCGACUUCGGUCAGAGCGAGGAGUCCGACGGCAAAGCUGUCAAGGGAUCCUACACUGUCCAGCUUCCCGACGGCCGCAAGCAGACAGUGAACUACGUGGCCGAUCACUACAACGGUUACCAGGCUGAAGUCAGCUACUACGGCGAGGCUCAGUACCCCCACGAGUACGGUCCCCCCGUCACCUUCAAGCCCCAGGCCUACCAUCCCCAGCCUUCGUAUCACUAAAAGAUAUUACUAUGUAUACGUCAAAUAAUUUAAUUCAUUUUAGUUUUGAACCUAACGGUAUAAACGACGAUAUAUUAAACGUAUAUAAAUAAAAGUAAGGUUUAUCAAAUCCCUAAAUAUAUUUGCCAAAUAUUAAGAAAAAAAAAUCAAACGCAUGAAAUAUGUAAACACUCGGUUUACAAAAAGAAAAAAAAAACUCUCCCCAGAUAAAUAGAGAAAUCCGUGUAAUAGCAGUUCUCUGCGCCCAAUUCCCAUAUUCCUUCUACUCUAAUAAAGUUACAGUCUACAUCAUGGCUGAUAGCUAAAAAUAUGGUCUAGCU